AUGAUGAUGAUCCGUGUCCUCCGUCUCCGGCAGGCCGGCGUCCUUCUGGACGUGGACGGCGUCCUGCUCCGUGGCGCCGAGCUGAUUCCCGCCGCGCGCCGAGCCUUCCGGAAGCUUCUGGACCCAAACAACAACUUCCUGUUUCCUGUCGUGUUCGUUACCAACGCAGGAAGCUGUCAGAGACACCACAAGGCCCAGCAGCUGUCUCACCUCCUGGACGUCCAGAUCUGUCCGGAGCAGCUGGUUCUUUCCCACAGUCCUUUGCAGCUGAUGAAGAGUUUCCAUGAGAAGGUGGUGCUGGUCUCGGGACAGGGACCGCUGACCCACAUCGCCCACUCUUUGGGUUUUCAGAAGGUCGUUAACGUGGAGCAGCUGAAAGAGCACCACCCCCUGCUGGACAUGGUGGAGCACGGCCCCCGACCCCCCCCCACGUCGUCUCCUCUGCCGACGUUUCCCCAAAUCGAAGCGAUCAUCCUGUUCGGAGAGCCAAUCAGAUGGGAGACCAACCUGCAGCUGCUGAUUGAUGUGCUGCUGACCAAUGGGAGUCCGGCUGGCGUGCACGCUCCGGCCGCGGCGCAGCUGCCCGUCCUCGCCUGCAACCUCGACCUCAUGUGGAUGGCGGAGGCGCCGUCUCCACGGUUUGGUCAUGGGAUGUUCCUCCUGUGUCUGGAGGCGGUCUACAGGAAGCUGACGGGUCGAGAGCUGCAGUACGAGGCGCUGCUGGGGAAGCCGAGCCUGCUGACGUACCGCUACGCCGAGCGCCAGCUGAGGCUGCAGAACCACGGCCGCGCGCCACGCACCAUCUACGCCAUCGGCGACAACCUGAUGACGGACGUCUACGGAGCUAACCUGUACGACCGCUACCUGAGUCAGCAGGACGCUGCCAUGACUACCGCCCCCAAGCUGGUUGCCCAGGCAACGGGCAGUCAGGUGACGAUGGCGGUGCCAUCAGAGGAGGGGGAGGGGCUAGUGUCUGCCACCGCUCAGUGCCGCUCCAUCCUGGUGUGUACAGGUGUGUAUCGCCCCGGCGACGGUAACCGGGUCUCAGAGUCGGUGCUGCACGGCCACAGAGACCUGGUCCUGGACCUGGAGCUGCUGGAGCCGCAUCACGUGGUCCAGGACGUGGAGGAGGCGGUGGACCUGCUGCUGCAGGAGAACCUGACCUCUGACCCCUGACACACCUGACCUCUGACACACAUGACCCCUGACCUCUGACCCAUCAGACCUCUGACACACCUGACCCAUCUGACCUCUGACCCCUGACCUCUGACCCAUCUGACCCCUGACCUCUGACCCAUC